AACCCCAGCCCAACUCCGGUUCCCCUGGACUCUAGCGUCACGGCAACUUUUAAUCCUUCUCUUUCCCGGCCCGCGGGUCUGGCUCAGAAAGACGGAGAGAGCCCAAGAGAGCGCGCUCCCUCUCCUCCUCCUUCCUCUACCACUUUCUUUCUUUCUUUCCGAGCUCGCGCUCGCUCCGUCCCUCCCGCCGUGGGUCGGAGAAGGGUGUGCGGGGGGCGCGCGCUCUCUUGCCCCAGACCCGUCACCUGCGUCCGUGCGCUCGUCGCCUGGGUGGCUGGAAGCUGCCCCUUCCCCUGCAGACCCCUCCUCCCCCUCCCCCCGCCCCGUCUCGCUGCCGCCCCUCCCCUCCCUCCCCUCCCCUCCCCUCCCCGCGCUGCUAGCCAGCGAGCCGGGUGGUGGGCCGAGGAGCUGGAAUCGUAGCACCUCAUUGCACAACCCGGCUUCCCAACUGUUUACAUAUAAUCGGACUGUGUGUAUACAGCGUGAGUCACUCGCUGGAGGAGGAGGAGGUGGAGGAAGAGAAGAAGGAGGGCACAGUCUGGGAUCGGCGCACCGCACACUCACUCGCUCGCACUCGGCCACUCUUCCUCACCCUGCACGGAGGCUGAAGAGCGCGUAGGGGGAGAAGCACCGCCAAAAGUUGCCAAGGUGCCUUUGCCCGGAGACUCGGGCUUCGCGAUUCUGGGUUACUCGACUGGCGCUCAUUGCCGCUUCGGAAGCUUAACUGCGAGUCACAGGCCGGUGGCUCCCCGGCGCCGGAGCGCGCUCUGUGCAGACCUCCCUCCGCCUGGAUUGUCUCUACUUAGGCAGCGGCGAGAAGCCACCCGAGCCAGCUAGCAGCGGUCACCGCGAGCCGGGACUCUCGGGGGAUCCCAGUCCUGAGCCGCCCCCUCGGGGAGGGGGGAGAAGGUGGAGCUGGCCCCCGGACCGCCCGGUGGCUCCCCAGUCAGCCCCGGCCCCGGCUGCAACGUGGGCGCCCCAGAGCGGCUCUGGCCAGCUUUGCCCCCCGUGGGGGGUGAAAGCCAGAAGACUUCAAGAGACGCCUCAGGUUUGGUGGUUGCCGUCCGAUCUCUGGACCUUGGGGCCCCGCUCCCAAUUACUUCUCGGAUUCGGGGAUUUAAUAGCCCUGCUUCACGGGCUCAAGAACUUGGAUGUGUUCCCUGCGCCCUGCCAUGAGCCGCAACGUCCAGCCCCGCAGCCCGGGCCUGCUGCUCCCUGCAGCCCGGGGCUCCCCUUCCAAACGUCUCCUGGACGGCGACGAGACGGCCGCGGUGGCGGCCAAGUGCUUGCGACUUUCCGAGUGCCCGAACCCUCCGGACUACCUCAGCCCCCCCAGUUCACCUUGUACCCCCCCGCCCGCACCCUCACCUUCGGCGCCCGGCGGCAGCGUCCCGGGGCCCAGCCGGAUCGCUGGCUACCUUCUGCUACCCCUGGCCGAGCGGGAGCAUGUGUCCCGGGCGCUGAGCAUCCACACCGGUCAGGAGUUACGCUGCAAGGUGUUCCCUAUUAAACACUACCAAGAUAAAAUCCGGCCUUAUAUCCAGCUGCCAUCUCACAGAAAUAUCACAGGGAUUGUUGAAGUGAUUCUUGGGGAUACCAAGGCAUAUGUCUUUUUUGAAAAAGACUUUGGGGACAUGCACUCCUAUGUGAGAAAUCGAAAAAGGCUUCGGGAAGAGGAGGCUGCCCGGCUCUUCAAGCAGAUCGUCUCUGCCGUUGCCCACUGCCACCAGUCUGCCAUUGUGUUGGGUGACUUGAAGCUCAGGAAAUUUGUUUUCUCCACAGAGGAGAGGACACAGCUCAGACUAGAAAGCCUCGAAGACACUCACAUCAUCAAGGGGGAAGACGAUGCCCUCUCGGACAAACACGGCUGUCCCGCCUAUGUGAGCCCUGAGAUUUUAAAUACGACGGGGACCUAUUCCGGCAAGUCGGCGGACGUUUGGAGUUUAGGGGUGAUGCUAUACACCCUUUUAGUUGGGCGAUACCCCUUCCAUGACUCGGACCCCAGUGCUCUUUUCUCCAAAAUCCGCCGUGGACAAUUCUGCAUCCCUGACCACAUAUCCCCCAAAGCCAGAUGCCUCAUUCGUAGUCUUCUGAGACGGGAACCCUCCGAGAGACUCACAGCUCCAGAGGUCUUACUUCAUCCCUGGUUUGAGUCAGUCUUGGAACCUGGAUACAUAGACCACGAAACAGGAACGUCAGACCAGAUUGUUCCAGAAUACCAGGAAGACAGUGACAUUAGUUCCUUCUUCUGCUAAUCCUGAAACCUCAAAAACCUCAUAAUUCUCACACAUGGCAUUUUUUUUCUUUCAAGGGUUUUGUCUUUCCAUUUUCAUAGAUGGGUAGAGCUUUAAGUAUGGUGAUGACCAGAUAAGUGACAAUGUAAAUAAGCAUAGCUGCUUUACUCAGAAUUCCUGUUCCUGAUGUUUUUGUGCUAGGCAAUGUUGCUGAUAGAAGCACUCUGGCUGCCCAGCAGAGCCUUUAUGGUUCUCCGGGAGUCCUCACGUCUGAUUGGUUAGGUGCUGAGACCUGCAUCUUUUACCACUGACAAAGGUUAUGGCACUGGGACAGAAUCACACUUUUACCAUGAAGCAAACUUGAAAAAUUUAGAGGGAGAAUGAGUGAAUCCUGCAGUGAUUUUUGGUGUAUGUGUGGUCACUUACCUGGCAGUAGCCAUAUUUUACCAAUGAGAUAAACUGUUGGUCCAAUGAACCCGCCAUCUUGCUGCUCUUUGGAUAGGUACCUUUUUGCAUUUGCAAAUGGCUGUGCCAUCCACUUGGAAGUUUGCUAAACCUGCAUCUUCUUAGACUCAAGUACCAACUGCUUUGCCCCAUUCCUUGAUCAGACUGUUUCAGGAAUACAAGAGUCUGCCCUGCUGCACAAAUCCAGACUCCUUCAAUUUCCUGUUAAGACCUCAUAUACACUAAUGCCUUCUCCCUGAACUUGAAACUUUUCCCUCUUUCCUUCCUGACUCCCCCAUCUUUCCCUAUCCCCAGCCCCAGCUAUAAAAGUACUUACCAGUUUAACCAUGGAAAAAAAUCAUAAAAAACUUCUAAACUCCUGGCUAUUUCAGAACUCUGAUCUCAGGCAGAGAGACUGCAGUUUUGUGAAUAAUUUGUGUACUUGGAAGCAGUUAGCUCUUUUGGUUCCUCCCAAGUGUGCUAGCACUUGUGUCUUUCUGAAGGCAUUUCAGGGCUGACCCUCUUGUCUUAGAGGAGAAAGCUCAGGAGUACUCUGUCCAGCAAAUGUCAAAAAUGUGUCUUUUCUUCAGCAGGAAACAUGGAAAUGUUUAGAAGGCAAGUCUUGAGUAACCUUAGGAGAGUUUUAGACUGGUUUCUAGGAAUGCCCUUCCCUAUUUAAGUAUAUCUGCCUCUAGCAGUGUGUAUGUGUGUGUGUGUGUGUGUGUGUGUAUGUGUGUGUUUGUAUGUGUGUGUUUGCAUGAUUAGUUAAUAUUUCAGACUUUAUGUGAUUAAUAAAUCAUUGUAUUGGUCAUUGACUGUCAGAGUGCAUAAGUGGGCCAAUCCUGCUUAAGAUUCCUGCUUUAUCUUUCCAGGGUGGCUUUCUUUGUGGCUCUGAAGAAAUGGCAACUUGUAUUAACAUAAAUCUAAAUAGAAAACUAAAAGUUUUCAGUAAACUCCUGGGACAGUCCCAAAGAUGAGUUGGUUACACGGGUAAAUGGAACAUUUUAAAAUAUGUGUGUGUACACAUGUAUACAUAUAUGUACACGUACAUGUGUGCAUAGAUAUGUGUAUAUACAUGCACGGCACAGUUACAGUGUGGUCAUUUUACAACAGGGCUAAGCCUUGGCAAGCUGUCCAAUGCCUUGUGAGGGUGCCAUGAAUACCUCAUGUACUGUGGGCUUUGUACAUAUGUUCAACCUUUUCUAUGUAUUCUAUGAGUUUUGUGGUUGUCUGAGGCCUUGUCAUUCUGUUUUUCGUCUGUGUCUGAAUAAUUAAGGUGUCAAAACAAAAGUAAAUGUGAAUCUUUUGGCAGUACUAACUUGACAGAAUCAUGGGAAUUAGGGAAGAAAGCAGGGGAGGAAUGGACUGGCCAGAGCCUCUGAUGCACUAACACUCUCGUGGUUGUGUGCCAUUUGUGUGACAUUUGUAUCUGUGAUACAGCCUACAUGUAAAGAGUCUGUGCUGGCAGGACAGUCUGCCAGGGAAGCUAAUAACACUAUGUUGAUCCUGUAAAUAUGUAUAUAUGUGAAAAUGGACAUGAAUGUCUGACUUGUAGAGUUUUAAUAAACCUGGUUUCAUAAAGA